GUUCACGCGAGAUUUCUCGAGAGGAGAAGUUGAGGGAACAUGGCGGCGCCGUCUAAUUUGCUGAAGAACAAAGGCUCCCUACAGUUUGAGGAUAAAUGGGAUCUGAUGCGCCCCAUCGUGCUGAAGCUGCUACGGCAGGAGUCCGUCACCAAACAACAGUGGUUCGACCUGUUCUCAGAUGUCCAUGCCGUCUGUCUGUGGGAUGACAAAGGUCCCGCAAAGAUCCACCAGGCUCUGAAAGAGGACAUCUUAGAUUUCAUCAAACAAGCUCAAGCACGCGUGCUGAGUCACCAGGAUGACACGGCGCUCCUGAAGGCUUACAUCGUUGAGUGGAGGAAGUUCUUCACUCAGUGUGACAUCCUGCCCAAACCUUUCUGCCAGCUGGAGAUCACCCUGAUGGGCAAGCAGGGAAGCAACAAGAAGUCCAGUGUAGAGGACAGCAUAGUCCGGAAGCUCAUGCUGGACACGUGGAACGAGUCCAUCUUCUCCAACAUUAAAAACAGGCUCCAGGAUAGCGCCAUGAAGCUGGUCCACGCCGAAAGGCUCGGAGACGCCUUCGACUCCCAGUUGGUCAUCGGAGUGAGAGAGUCUUAUGUAAACUUGUGCUCCAACCCUGAAGACAAGCUACAGAUCUACAGGGAUAACUUUGAGAAGGCUUACAUGGAUUCUACAGAGAGGUUCUACAGAACACAGGCGCCGUCAUACCUCCAGCAGAACGGGGUCCAGAACUACAUGAAAUAUGCGGAUUCAAAGCUGAGAGAAGAGGAGAAACGAGCGCUGAGGUAUCUGGAAACGAGACGCGACUGUAACUCCGUCCAAGCUUUAAUGGAGUGCUGUGUAAAUGCGCUGGUGACGUCAUUCAAGGAGACCAUCUUAGCUGAAUGUCCAGGCAUGAUCAAACGAAACGAGACUGACAGGUUACACCUGAUGUUCUCUCUGAUGGACAAAGUUCCCAGUGGCAUCGAUCCCAUGCUGAAGGACCUGGAGGACCACAUAAUGAGCGCCGGCCUGGCCGAUAUGGUGGCUUCAGCAGAGACCAUCACCUCAGACUCAGAGAAAUACGUGGAGCAGCUGCUGACUCUGUUUAACCGCUUCAGUCGGCUGGUAAAAGAAGCCUUUCAGGACGACCCUCGCUUCCUCACUGCUCGAGACAAGGCGUAUAAAGCUGUCGUUAAUGAUGCCACCAUAUUCAAACUAGAGCUUCCAAUGAAACAGAAAGGGGUGGGGAUGAAAACCCAACCAGAGUCCAAGUGUCCAGAGCUGCUGGCCAACUACUGUGACAUGCUCCUGAGGAAGACGCCGCUGAGCAAGAAGCUCACCUCAGAGGAGAUCGAGGCCAAACUCAAGGAAGUGCUCUUGGUGCUAAAGUACGUGCAGAACAAAGACGUGUUCAUGCGAUACCACAAAGCCCACCUGACCCGCCGUCUCAUCCUGGACAUCUCAGCCGACAGCGAGAUCGAGGAGAACAUGGUGGAGUGGCUCCGGGAAGUGGGGAUGCCAGCUGAUUAUGUCAACAAGCUGGCCCGAAUGUUCCAGGACAUCAAAGUGUCAGAGGAUCUGAACCAGUCUUUUAAGGAAAUGCAUAAACACAACAAGCUGGCUUUGCCAGCGGACUCGGUCAACAUAAAAAUCCUAAACGCCGGCGCGUGGUCCAGGAGCAGCGAGAAGGUCUUUGUGUCUCUGCCAACAGAGCUGGAGGAUUUGAUACCUGAGGUGGAGGACUUCUACAAGAAGAACCACAGCGGCAGGAAACUUCACUGGCAUCAUCUCAUGUCCAACGGCAUUAUAACAUUUAAGAAUGAGGUGGGGCAGUACGACCUGGAGGUGACCACUUUCCAGCUGGCUGUGCUAUUCGCCUGGAACCAGCGGCCGAGAGAGAGAAUCAGCUUUGAAAACUUAAAGCUAGCCACGGAGCUGCCUGACGCUGAGCUACGGCGAACCCUCUGGUCUCUGGUGGCCUUUCCAAAGCUCAAACGUCAGGUUCUGUCGUAUGACCCGGUGGUGUCCUCCCCCAAAGACUUUGCAGAAGGAACAUUGUUCUAUGUCAACCAGGAGUUUUCUCUAAUAAAAAACUCAAAGGUUCAGAAAAGAGGAAAAAUUAACCUGAUUGGUCGGCUGCAGCUCACAACAGAACGAAUGAGAGAGGAGGAGAACGAGGGCAUCGUCCAGCUUAGGAUACUCAGAACACAGGAGGCCAUCAUCCAGAUCAUGAAGAUGAGGAAGCGCAUCAACAAUGCACAGCUGCAGACAGAGCUGGUGGAAAUCCUAAAGAACAUGUUUUUGCCACAGAAGAAGAUGAUCAAGGAGCAGAUAGAGUGGCUGAUAGAUCACAAGUACAUAAAGCGGGACGAGAUGGACAUAAACACCUUCAUCUACAUGGCGUAGCGCAGCACACAUGAGUCUUCACUUUGUCUCAUUAUUUCAGGUCUGAUGGACAUUUCCAGGCCUCCUAAACU